AUGGGGGAUCGGCCAAAGCUUCCUGCCCGGUACGAGCAGGUGAAGCUGCUCGGCGAGGGCAAUUUCGCCAAGGUCUACCUCGCGCGGCACAUGGAUACCAAGGAGGAGGUGGCAAUCAAGGUGAUGGACAAGGAGAAGCUCAUCAAGUUGGGCGCCGUUCAACAGAUCAAGCGCGAGAUCGCCGUGAUGCGCCGGUUGCGCCACCCCAACAUCGUUCAGCUCCACAAGGUGAUGGCCUGCAAGUCCCGCAUCUUCGUCGUCAUGGAGUACGUCCGCGGUGGCCCGCUCUACCGCCACAUCCCCGCCAACAGCGGCCUCAAGGAGGACGAGACGCGCCGCAUCUUCCAGCAGCUCGUCUCGGCGCUCACCUUCUGCCACGCGCAGGGCGUGUACCACCGCGACAUCAAGCCCGACAACCUCCUCGUCGACGAGCACGGCAAUCUCAAGGUGUUCGCGCGCCGGGGCUAUGACGGUGCCAAGGCGGACGCCUGGUCAUGCGGCAUCGUCCUCUUCGUGCUCGCCGCCGGCCGCAAGCCUUUCCGGGACGACGACUUCAUCACCCUGUACCGGACAAUCUGCCGCGGUGACUACCGUUGCCCACGCACCUUCAGCCCCGAACUGGUACGCAUAGUACGCCGCCUCCUCCAACCAAACCCAGCGCACCGAAUCACACUCCUGCAAAUCAAGGAAACAGAUUGGUUCAAGAAAGGCUUCAAAGAAGUUAGUUUCUACAUCGACAACAAGGACUGCUUGCGCAGCCUUGAUGGCUCCGAAGAGCCUGAUCUCUGUGACUCUGACUCCGAGGACGAGACUGCCAUGUCUUCGUCAUCCUCCGGCUCUUCCUCUCCCGUGGCUCAUGGCGACGGCGGCGGCAUGCACACCUCGGUUUCAGCACCGUCUCUUGUAAAUCUGGAGAAGAUGCACAUUGCUGCAGCUCGUGCCCCCGAGCCGCGCAUAAGACGGAUCAAGAGCAUGAACGCGUUCGACAUCAUCGCCUCCUCGCCAAGCUUCGAUCUGUCCGGGCUGUUCGAGGAGCGUGGCGAGCAGUUGCGUUUCGUGUCCAGCGCGCCGGUGAAUACCAUCAUCUCGAAGCUGGAGGAGAUCGCCGGGCAAGUUAGCUUCACGGCACGCACCAAGGAUUGCCAAGUGAGCUUCGAGGCGACGAGGAAUGGCCACAAGGGCGCGCUGGCCAUAUCCACCAAGAUAUUCCAGCUCACGCCGGAGCUCGUCAUGGUCCAGGUAUGCAAGAAAGCCGGAGACACCGCUGAAUACCGUCAAUUCUGCGGCAGUGAGCUCAAGCCCGGCCUUCGAGGUAUUGUGGAUGGCCUGCCCGAGGAUGGCCUUCCUCCGACGUUGAAUGUUGCGUGA